UGACGUUGACAAUUAUGAGAAACAUGUAAUAAAAAAAAAUAUUUUACGAUUUAAUCAAUUUGUGUAGAUAUUUUAUUUUUGCUAUAAUGUCUCAAUUAAAAGAAAACAAUCAAAGAAUAAACCCAGAAAAAGUCCCUCUGGAGACAGACCAGGGUAUUUUAGAAAGCGAAGAAAGAAAAUGGGGUCUCCCUUUAAAAGAAGUAUAUAAACACGGCUUAUCUUUCUACAAAGAUAAAGAAGGCAAAGCUCUACAUUUAAGCUAUGAAGAUAGGCUAAAGCUGGUUGCCUACACACAGCAAGCAUCUCAUGGACCUCUCGAUCCAAAUUCAGCUCCUCCACUAGGAGUUUUGGAUGUAAUUGGCAGAGACAGGAGGGCGGCAUGGCAAGCUCUAGGCCAAAUGUCCCAAACACAAGCCAUGGCAGGCUUUAUACAUACUUUAGACAGGUUAUGCCCUUUGUUCAAACCUUAUUUUGAAGCUAUACAAAAAGAUUUUGAAGAUAAGAAACAACAAGAGCAAAAGAAACAAGAGGAAGAGCGUGCCCAUACAGAAUUGCAAAACAGAAUACUUCUAGAGAAACAGAAGCAGCAAAGUACUAUUUUAACAGAGGAGCAGCACGUACAAAGAAUAAAAGACGCGCUCAACGCUCAGACCUACGAUCAGUUUUUACAAUACGCACAGCAGCAAUUUCCUGGCAAUUUCGACCAGCAGGCGGUCCUUAUCAGGCAACUGCAGGACCAGCAUUACCAACAGUACAUACAGCAGCUAGCCAUGGACCAGAGACUAGCCAAUUCCAAUUUUAAAGACACAGAUGAAUAUAACAAUGAAAUCACUAAAGAAUGCGAGAACGUAAAAGAGGAAACAUUGGACAAUUGUAGUGUAAAUGAAACCGAGGUUGCUGUACGAGACGAUAACAACAAAUCGAUGCAGACUUCCGAAAAAAUUGAUGACAUCAUCGAUUAUGCUGAAGAGUCCAGAGGAGAAGAAGAAUCAGAUGGUGAUGAGCCGUUCCCGGCGGUGGGCGCGGCACGCAUGUGGUGCGGCGGCGGCGGCGGCGGCGGCGGCGGCGGCGUGGCGGCGUUCAAGGCGCGCGCGGGCGCGGCGGGCGGGCGCGUGGUGGUGCCGCGCGGCGAGACGCUCACGCUGCGCGUGCCCACGCACCCGCGCGCGCGCUGCCUCUGCUGGGAGUUCGCCACCGACGACUACGACAUCGGUUUCGGUGUGUACUUUGAAUGGGGCAAGUCGCCGACCACCGAGGUGACGAUACAAGUGUCCGAGAGCGACGAAGAGGACGACCCCGACGAAGAUGGAUACGACGACGAAGAGUAUACGGUGUCGGGCAGCGGCGACCCAGAGCGCGGUGCGGGGGGCGGGCCUGGCGCCACGGGCGGCACCCGGCCGCUACUCAGCCUCGUCGUGUCCGUCUAUCGCCGCGACUGCCACACUGAGGUAUAUGCUGGUUCUCACACAUACCCAGGCGAAGGAGUGUAUUUACUUAAAUUCGACAACACCUACAGUCUCUGGCGAUCAAAAACAUUAUACUACAAAAUAUAUUAUACGCAGUAAACAAACUAAAUUAUAAGGAAUCAUUUAUGAACAUGACAAAAUAUAAUAAAAUGGAAAUAUUUAUCGAGAAAAGGAUGGUAUGGCUGUGCUCGGCUUGGCGGAGACACUGCCGUGCCCCCUAUUUUGUGUUAGGUGUAAAUGUCGCGCCCGCGGUGUCAUGGUCUCAGAUGCACUGGGUCGUCAAUAUUUUGCCCCCUUAACACUUAAUUGCCCUAUUCACCCCGCGAGACACUGCCGUGCCCCCUAUUUUGUGUUAGGUGUAAAUGUCGCGCCCGCGGUGUCAUGGUCUCAGAUGCACUGGGCCGUCAAUAUUUUGCCCCCUUAACACUUAAUUGCCCUAUUCACCCCGCGAAUAUUAUGGUAGGUCCACUGGACUCCUAAUUACCACUGACUCAAACUACACUUGUAUUAGAUUCAAAAUAUUAAAAAGUUGAACUCUGUUCCACGAUCGAAAAAGUUUAUAUGUUUAAUUUAUUUUUUUAAAAUGCACAUCAUCAUAUUGUUGAAAUUGCUCUGGUUUUAGUAAUCUAUUUAUUUAAUUAUAAAUUAGCCCACAUCAACCCACUGCUGGGCAUAGGCUUCCUUUUGGCGCCACUUGUAACCCACUGCUUCCCCGCUAUCCGCGCUAUGUCCUGCGACCGUCGAUUUGGUGGUGUACCGACUGUUCUCUAUCCCUCUUGGGCACCAUUCCAUCUCACUCUCGGUCUACCGUCAAGUCCUCCUAGUCAAGUUUUAGUAACAAUAGUAUAUAUAUACACACAUUGAUAUUCCCUUAUGGUAAGGGAUUACCAGAGGGAGACUUUGUACAAAAGUCGUUUGCUUGGGCAUCUCUGUCCCAUUCGUGUUUCUACUUGAAGCAGUUGUGUUUGCAUGGCUGUGUUUCGGUUUGAAGGGUGGAAUAUGGCAAUGAAUUUACAGGGUACAGAGAAAUAACAGUCUGUCAGUCAGGUGGGCCGUCAGCUUGUUUGCCAUUCUAAGUUGCAUAAAAAAUGGGGCGAGUGGACGCCUUAACACACUUUUUGCUGGUUUAACUGAGAAGCGGGGCGAAAUUCAGGGGUCCAGUGGAUCCGUGAUCGGUGUCGUCAGUAUUUAAAAGUUUAUUUAAAUAGAUAAUAAUUAUGAUGUGCAAUGUUCUUAAAAACGUGUCUAUGGUGUACUUUUAUUUAAUGGAGAUUAAUGUAUACAAAUAAGUCCAGUAAUAUGAGAUUUAUUGGUGUAUUUACGUGUAAAUUAUAUGUAUAAUAAAGAAUUUUAAUAUAUAA